GUACACUUAAAAAGUUGCCCUGGUUUCUGUCCAUUUUAUAUACAGGGUAGGUCCAUGUGUACUGAAUUAAAAUUUUGAAUUACAUCUUUGUCAGUUUUCGUUUAACAAACUUUUGUGAUUUAAUUGAAAAUUAAAGAUGACAACGUUGAAUUUAAACGAGUUGUUCGAUGUAAACAGGUGUCAACAUUCAGUGGAUGCAUUUGCUCUGUUUUUCUACUUCCCUAUUGGUUUAGUACUUGCUGUUUUAAGAAUUUUCAUUGGCUGCCACGCUUUUCUGAUAGCUUGUGUUUUAUCCAAGUUGUCUUCUGUAAGGUUCUAUGUGUUAAGAGUAAUGUGUAUGGUACUGGGUGUUGUGGUUAAAGAAGAAGGAGAGACAAACCGUGAUAGGUCCAUGAAGGUUAUUGUCACCAAUCAUGUCUCCACCUUAGAUCAUUUGGCAGUUGACCUGGUACUUCCUUGUGUGUUGCCAGGUGUUUGGGAUUUGCCAAAAAAGUUAAAUUGGGCUCUUGGAAUAAGAGAUUUUGGUGUAAAGCAAGGACGUGAUGUCUUAAUACAAAAUGUCAAACGCUAUCUGAGAGAUUCUGACCUGCCUGUCGUUGUUCAUCCAGAAGGUGCCACAACUAAUGGUAGGAAAGGGCUUCUCAAGUUCAGUACUUGGCCUUUUUCUUUAGAUCACUCUGUACAGCCAAUAGUGAUUCAAGUAAAUAGGCCACUUGGAUUCAAGAUUGCUGUGUCAGUCAUAGGAAGUCGCUGGUGGUCUGACCUAUUCUGUUUUCUCUUUGUUCCUUUCACACUUUUUACACUUAGGUAUCUUCCCGUGAUGACAAAGCACACUGAAGAAGAUGUUGAAGAAUUCACUAAACGAGUGCAAGUAAGCAUGGCUCAAGAACUGGGAAUAGUUGCUACAAAUUUUACCUGUGCUGAUAAAGUAGAACACGCUAAGAGAAUUCUUAAUGUUUCUCCAUAUAUUCCACCAGCUCAUCAGAAUGCACAACCAAGAAUACCAUCAACCUCUGCAAUUCCAAAUAUUACAGACUUGGCCAGUCAAGUCAAAGAAGUUUUACCGCAUGUGCCACUUGAAGUAAUUAAAAAGGAUCUGGCUACCACCAAAUGUAUAGAUACUACACUUACACGUUUAUUAGAAGGAACUGUGAUUUUUACGCCAGAAAGUGUAAGUUCUCAUCCACCUAAAGCCUCAAUUUCAACUCCUUCUACAAGUACAGCAUGUCUAGAAGACAAGUCAACGGCCUCAGACUCUUUAUUUAGUACACCCUCUACUGCUGCUCAGACUUUUGGAACAACAGCUGAAGAAAGAAUGCAGUCCUAUCAAGACCGUAAAGCUCAACUUAUUGAAACAGCUCGAAGACGCUACAAGGAGAAGCACAAAAUGGUUUAAGAUCAAACAGUCAGAGGGGCUUGCAAAGAACUUAACUUAUGAAUGUACAGUAACAUUAUGUAGUUCUACUGACACAUAACCUAUGUAGUGGUCUACAUAAAAAAAAAAACCUUGUUUUGGAUUGACUUGGUUAUAAGGCUGAAGAAACUUCCAACUCUCCAUGUAAUGAAAAUCACAGAAAAUGAAAAAGUACUAUUACAAAAAGUGGAAAAUCUUAAUUUAUCUAUUAAAUACUUGUUAAUAAAUAUUAAAAAUAGUUUAUAUCUUAUCUCAACAGUUUGGUUAGAAUUUGUAUUAUAUUAACAAUACUUAUCAUGCUUUUUUUAAAAUAAAUUUGGCAUUUUGUGAAUAACUGAUCAAUUUUAUUCAGUUUUUUUUUUGCUUAAAAAGUUUUAACACAUAAACAUGCCUAAUUCAAAUUGUCCUGUUUUCAAAAACAAUUUAAGAACAGUGAGUACGGGUACACUCAGUAUUUCAGCAACUUAGUCAGAAAAAGUUGGGAGGAUUUAAAGAAUAAGUAAUUAUAAAGUAAGGAUACAGUAAAUCCAUAUAAUAUCUUAGGGUGAAGCAGAAGUUCAGGGAGGAUUUAAAGAAAAAGUAAUUAUAAAGUAAGGAUGCAGUAAAGCCAUAUAAUAUCUUAGGGUGAAGCAGAAGUCUACUGUUAGUUAUAAUUCUACAUUUUUAAAGUCAAGUGUUUUUUGUGAUCUUGAAAAAUGUAAUGUAAAUUACCAUGAAAGCUUUAACCUCAUAAUCAUAUAGAGCAGUGUUUUUCAACCCUUUCAAUACCAGGGACUGGCUCACUGCCUCCCUAAAUUAUUGUGAACCACUAAAAUGCAAAUAUAAGAAAAAAAAUUACAAUUUAUAUAGGAAUAUAUAUAUAUAUAUAAAUAUUUUUGUUUUUGUGAAAUCCUACAAACUGGCAAAGUGGUUGUGAUGGACUGAUACCAGUCCAUAAACCAGUUGUUGAGAAACACUGAUAUAGAGUGAUCAAAAAAAGGAGCAUGAAAUAUUUCCUUCACUUUCCCUCUUGAACUAGAAUGAGUCUUAUGUUAAUAUAAUUUACACACACCUUCAGUUUUCACAAUUAAGUUAACAUCAAAAUCAUAUGAUACUGGUAUGAGUUUUGUUCACUUUGACCUUCAAGGGUCCUAGGAAUAAAAAUAUAUACUAGCAGCAGAUCACUAAUCCCCCUCCCCCCAAUCCUCCAGAAAAACCUAUUCAGCUUCUCUUAGAGAACUGAAAAUAAAUCAUAAACCAUGUGACAGUUUGUUUUUAAAUUUGGGGAGUUGCAUAAAUGUAGAGCCACUGUUAGUUCUGUAAGUAGGAUAAAGUGGUAAAGAAAUACAACUUUUAAGGUUAGGCUUUCACUUGUAUUAUAUUGUUCUGAUUAAAAUUACUUUUACUGGCAGUUUUAACAAAUAUCUGACAUAAACAACCUAACUUGCUGUUUAUUUAAAUGCAUAUUUACUGAAGUUGCUCUUUUAUCUUAGUUCAAAAUUUUUGUUUAAUUAAGAUGGACUGUGAAAAAAUCAACUAUGUCAUGAAGAAUCUGAAUAAAAGAGUUUCAACUGUA